AUGGCGCAGAAAAUUGAAGAAGUCUACCAGGACGCUGUUGUCUCGGGACUGCUUCCGGGCGUCUCGGUGAUGGCGGGGGACAAGGACGGCAACCUUCUCUACUCCAAGUCGCUGGGCAAAGCUAGCCUGAAGGAUGGCCGCAACGAUGCCUUUACGACGUCGACCGUCUGCGCAAUCGCCUCGAUGAGCAAACUUAUGACGUCGGUCGCCGUUCUCCAAUGCGUCGAGCAAGGAAAGCUUCGCCUUGACCAGGAUAUCCGGCCCCUGCUGCCAGACAUGGGCAAGUUUGGCAUUCUUACAGCUUUUGACGACGAACGGAAUGCGGCCUCCUGCGAGCCGGACGCGACGCCCAUUACGCUCAGGAUGCUGAUUUCGCAUACCUCGGGCUACGAGUAUGACUUGCUCAACCCGCUGCUUGGAAAGUGGCGUGCCUCGCGUGGCGAAGUACCCUGGAGCGGCCCGACAGUGGAGAGCAAGUCCGCCCUCCCGCUCGUGUUCCGCCCUGGGACCGGCUUCGCCUAUGGCGCGGGCCACGACUGGGCUGGCAAGGCCAUCGAGGCGGCCACAGGCAUGAGCCUAGAGGACUUUAUGCAUCGGCAUAUCUGGACGCCGCUGGGGAUCCAAGACGAUGUCUCCUUCUACCCUGCGACGAAGCCCAGCAUACGGGACCGAAUGGCGGACAUAAGCACCCUCGGCGAACAAGGUUUGCCGCCGGCUGUAGACGCAUCGACCUUCGAUAUGGUGUAUGGCGCUACCGACUGUCUCGGCGGCGGCGGCGUGUUCGCCUCUACUGCCGCGUACUACACCUUCCUCUCGGCCGUGUUCCGCCGUGAUGCGAGGCUGCUUACAGCAGCAUCGUACGCCGAGCUGUUCCGCCCGCAGUUGGACGAGGCCCUGGAGCAAGCUUUCAACGACUACCUUGCCCGCUCGCCUAUAUACACCCAGUUCCUGGCGCUGGGUAUUCCGCAAAGCGUCAGAAAGACAUGGUCCUUCGCAGGAAUGGUGUGUUUGAGCGGCCAGGAGGGCCGGUUUGCGAGAGGGACCACUUUUUGGGCCGGUGUGCCCUGUGUCGAGUGGUUCAUGGACCACGAGACGGGUAUCUGCGGGACGGCAGUCUGCCAGGUGCUGCCGCCUAUGCAUCCGGCAGUCAUCGCGUUGCAUGAGCAGUUCCAGAGGGGAGUGUUCGAGAUGGCCAGAAGCAAGUAG